AUGGCCUCCACCCACGGCCAAAAACGCAAGCAGAACUUUUUCCGCCAGUACUGGGCGAGCCGAGAGACUGGCGAGGUGCUGCGGAAAGUGGAAAAUCGCGAGAAGGAGGAGAGGGCCAAGCGCCGGGCGAAUUUCCUGAGGCUAGAAUUGCAAAACGGAAGACCAGUCAUGCCUGGAGCGCUAUGGUGUGUACAUGUCACAUCCGGCAGCACCGAUCACCUCUUCGCCUCGCUCCGCAAGUCGGCCAGGGAUACGUCGUGGACAUCAAGCACAAAGUGGAGGGCAUAUCCGUUUCACGCUGUUGGCGAGCCGCGGAAGUCGGUUUCGGUCGCUAGUAUCGCCUUUGCCGUGAUGCAGGGCGGCCGGCGGCAUAUCUUUGUCGAUAUCGACUGUGAGGCUGGCUACCACGUCGACCCGUCCCGAGAGACGGGGAGGUAA